ACUGCAGUUCCGAUCUCAGCACCGCUGUCUAAUUGAUGACGGACGACCGAGACGGCCGACGCUCAGCGCGAUGAGAGUUGACAAGGAGAGGAGAAGGUAAAUGGACUUUGAUUUUCAAUUGCUUUUUAUAAAUUGCAUUUUAUAAAUUGUCUGUUUGUCCAGACUCGUGAUGAUGAAUUAACGUUUAUAAAAGCAGUCUAGAAUUACUGUUAUGAGAGGAUGAACUUAAUUCAAUGUUUUGGCUCCUAAUCGAGUUCUCAAUUUGAAUAGAACUUGCAUGCGGCUGCCUUUUCUCCCCAAGCGUUGACUUGAGGGGAUUUCGGUCGGGUUCCAAAAAAAUCACCUAAAAAUCAUGAACUCUGUUCAAACUUUACUUACGGAGCCAACCACAGCGUCAUGCAAAGUGCUGUACAUAAGGUCCAACGUUAAACAUAAAAAGAAAUGGAUAAAAUAAAAUAGCUUGGCAAGUGAGAAUAAAAAAAUUCUAAAACAAUUAUUGGAGGGAAUUUUGAACGGUUCCAAAUGGCAAAUAAUAUUGGGGCAAAAUCCUUCGGUUGCAAUGUAAUUGGUGAAUCUUGAACACAACACAUCCCCAGCUAUGAGAGGGUGUGCACACUUUUGCAAUCCCACUUUGUUCAUGUUUACUUGCUCACUGUGAGGGUGGACAAGGUUUUGUAAGAUUGAUACUUGCCGAUAUUUUAGUUAUCUAGACGAGGGGUGUGUUGACUUUCUCUAUCCACCGUAUGCGACUUCAUUUGUUAUUGUAAAGUGUCCUUGGGUGUCUUGAAAGGCGCUUAUAAAUAAAAUGUAUUAUUAUUAUUAUCACACUUCUGGCUGUGCCGCAUGCCAGCUCAUGACACGGCAGCGUUUGUCUCUGGCAGGGCGAUCAGUCGCGAGGCCGCCAGGAAGCGGCGGCGAGUGGAGUCGGAGGUUUUUGCCGAUUUGUGCCGCCUGCUGCCGCUGCGAGCGUCCGUCAGGGGUCACCUGGACAAGCCGUCCGUCAUCCGCCUGGCGCUCUGCUACAUCCGACUCAAAGCGCUGCUGCAAGACGAGAUGCACGUGUCAAAGAUUUUCACGGGAGGACCUGACGUCCGUCUGGAUGUGAAGGACGCCGCGGUGGCCGCAGAGGAGUCGGAGGUCUACCUGACGAUCUUGGAGGGAUUUGUGAUGGUGCUGUCUUCCGAGGGGGACAUGAUGUUUCUGUCUGACAACGUCAGCCGCUACCUCGGCCUCACACAGACCGAGUUGAUGGGCCACAACGUUUUUGAGUUGACUCACCCGUGUGACCACGAAGAAAUCAGAAGUAACCUGCGCCUUUCUGCAGAAGAAGCGUUUUGGAGCGACGCAAAGCGGGACUUUGUGGUGAGGAUUAAAAGCACCCUAACUUUCCAAGGACGAAGCACCAACCUCAAGUCGGCCACGUGGAAGGUGCUGCAGUGCCAGGGUCGCCGAGCGAGAUCCUGCGCCGGUCCCUCCCCGGCCUCAUGCCUGCUGCUCACCUGCCGUCCUCUGCCCGUGUCUCACACGCUCCUCUGCGCUCGCACCUUCAGCAGCCAGCACAGCAUGGACAUGAGGUUCACGCACUGCGACCACACAGUGUCGUCAAUUUUAGGGUACACCCCCCACGAGCUGGUGGGCCGCUCCAUAUACGAGCUUUGUCACACACUGGACACAAUCUGUUUGACCAAAUAUCACAUCAACUUGUACUCCAAGAGCCAGUCGGUCAGCGGUCACUACAGGAUGCUUGUGAGGGGCGGCGGGUACGUGUGGGUGGAGAGCCACAGUGCCGUGGUACCAGCGGCCCGAAGGUCCAAGUUAAGGACCGGGGCCUCGCAGCCCUACUUGAUCCUCUCCGUCACCUACGUGCUGAGUGAUGUGGAGGAGCCGUUUCUGCAGCUCUCGCUGGACCAAUGAAUGCGGCAUUGACGCGUGAACUGCAACCGAGGACCUGAUCAAGCCCUUAAAUUGCUCUUUUUUUUCCAUUGGAGCCCGUCAUCAUGGUUUGUAGUUGUUUCGGUUCAACUUGGAACUGAAAAACAUUUUUGAAAAUUCACCCCGAGGAUCCAUGCUCAUGAUAUUUGGUAGGUACAUCAUUUCAGGAUCAUUUUGGACAUUUGUAUAAUUCAAUGUCCAAAAUCAGUUUUGCUUAGCAACAUGCCAUUUGGUCCACAUAUCUAUCUGGAGUAGACCAACCCAAAAAAAAAACAUCUCAAAAAGCCAUAUCUGAAAAGACAUAGGAAGUGUGACAUUUUGCCGUUUUUGGAUCAUUGGAGAUAUUUGUAAAAUUCAGCCCCUGAAACCAGGUCUACUUGGUCACAUAUCUAUCUCAAAGUACACCCACCAAAAAUUUGAAUUUGCCACUUGAGACUCAAUUUAGGCAUUUUCACCCAAAAGCCAAGACUGAUUGUUGAUGGUUUUGGUUGCGGUCGGCAGGCAGGCAGUCAUCUGGCCGCAGUGCGCGAGACUGUGGAAAGUGACCCGUUUGACUUUUUUUUGACCCCUCUCCUCGCUUCCUUUGGGGUUUCCUCCUGGGUCACCUGACACGCGGGCUGAUACCGAAGGCGUCAGACGGUGGCCGCGCACGCGCACACACGUUGGGAGUGUGUCAACUUGUGUCGAUGGGGAGAUGUGAGCAGACGCGAGGCCAAGCCGCAACUUCCUGCAUAGUCGCUCAGUAGGAGAGUUCUCGUGGGAACCGUUUCAACUUUUUACCCCUCGGCCCUCCUGCGCACUUGCUCGCAGUUUCGAUACAACUGACUUUACCGCAAUGACCAGAGAAUACCUUCUCGGUUCCGGGGUCGAUGGCUGACUAACAUGACGCCUUACACGUGUUUUGAGAAAACCCAGCCCGGAAUCGAACCCCACAUCUCUCAACUGCCAGACAAAUAUGCUGACCGCUGAACUACCGCGCGGCGAUUAUUCAAAGGCAUUCAAAUACAUCGGACUACAGUGUAA